AUGGUUUUUGAUUAUGACUACAUCUUCAAAUUGCUUCUCAUUGGCGACAGUGAAGUGGGCAAGUCCAGUCUGCUGUUGCGUUUUGCCGAAGACAGCUUCACCGAUAAGCACAUGGUCACCAUUGGUCUUGACUUCCGGAUAAAAACAUUUGAACUGGAUGGACUUCGCGUGAAACUGCAAAUUUGGGAUACUGCCGGCGAGGAAAGAUUUCGCACCAUCACCAGCAGCUACUAUCGAGGUGCGCACGGCAUUGUCCUCGUCUUUGAUCUCACAAGGCCUGAGACUUUGAAGAACAUACCAAAGUGGAUAGCGGAAAUUGAGAAGCACGUCUAUGGGCCGGUCAGUCAGCUGAUGGUCGGCAACAAGGUCGACUGUUCCAGCAGACGAAUCACUUCAGAGGAAGCGACUUCGGUCGCAAACAGCUUUGAAAUCCCAUACCUGGAGACAUCAGCCAAAGCUUCUACCAAUGUUGAGCAGAUGUUCUUUUUGAUGGCCAAAGAAAUGAAGAACCGCUAUGAUCACAAUGUUGUCAAAAGGGCUCCUGAGAGCGGCAGUGCCAUAAACCUAGAUAAACGAAGUGUUGUCAAGAGAAAAUCAUCUGUUGGAUGUUGUAAUCUGUAUUAG